GGUGACUGCGUGGUGGUGGAGGGGAGUGCCUGCGGCCCGCCCCUCUCUCCCCACCCCUCCCUUCCCCUCCCGCCACGGCAUGAGCAGAGGGUGCGCGCAGGGUAGCUCCGCCAGAAGCUCGCCGACGCCAGCCGAGUAGAGUUGCCCGCCAUGCCUUCUGGAAAGUUCACCAAGUACUCCUCCCGCUAUGGGUCCUCGAACCGCCGAUACCACUCCGGGUACCGCUACACCCCGCAGGCGGCCAUUAUGGUGGUAAGGAACAACGCGGCACCGUGUACCGACAACAUGUCCAUGGCCGUGGUCGUGGAGAACGACAGCCUGCCCGUCUCCGUCAUCUCCAAGGCGAACGCAGACACGCCUGACGAGCUCAAGGUGAUGGGCAGCGACGAGGCGACGCGCAUGGGCGAGUCGCAGGCGGCGCUCACUGGUGAGGCGUCUGGUGACGGGCACGCCGUGUCCUCGCAUCCUACCUCGUACCUGGAGUCUUUGAUCCAUCUUCUCAAGGGCGAGAUCGGUUCAGGAAUGUUCGCCAUGGGUGACGCUUUUAAGAACGCUGGUCUGGUCUUGGGAACAAUUGGCACCAUCGUCCUGGGUUUCAUCUGCGUCCACAGUCAGCACAUACUGAUGACCGCGUCGCGAGAGAUGGGAGAACGCAUGAAGCUGCCCCGGCAGCCUGCCUUCGCCGAGACUGUGGAGUUGUGCUUCCAGGCUGGCCCGCUGCGUUUGCGGAAGUACGCCCGCUUCGCAAGGUGGCUUGUUGAUGUCUUCCUCUGCAUAACCCAGCUUGGCUUCUGCUGUGUCUACUUUGUGUUCGUCGCCAACAGCAUCAAGCAGGUGGUCGACGAGUAUGCGACGCCAUUGGAUGUGCACAUCCACAUGGCGCUGGCAUUUGUGCCCAUAUUGCUGAGCUGCUGGAUCCGCUCACUUAAGUUCCUGGUGCCAGUGUCACUCCUGGCAAACGUGUUCAUGGCAGUUGGUGUUGUGGCCACCCUCUACCGGGUCUCCCUGAAUCUGCCCAGCAUGUCAGAGAGGGAGCUCUUUAUCUUUGACUGGGCCAAACUACCUCUCUUCUUUGGCACCACCAUCUAUUCCUUUGAAGGAAUUGGACUGAUCCUUCCACUGCAGAUGCAGAUGAAGAAGCCACACCAGUUCUCGAUGCCUCUUGGAGUGCUCAAUGUGGGCAUGAGUAUUGUCUGCUCCCUUCUGGUGGCUGUUGGUUUCCUGGGUUAUCUCCAGUAUGGUGAUGAUGUCAAAGGAUCAGUCACCCUGAACUUGCCACAAGACGAAAUCCUGUCACAGUGCAUAAAGGUGGUGAUUGCCCUAGGAAUCCUUUUCACUUUUGCACUGCAGAUGUACCCUGCACUGCAUAUAAUGUGGUCAGGAGUAGUGAGCCGUUUUGGGCCCUUCCGAAGACCAGUGCUUGUUGAACUUGCACUUAGGACAAUGGUGGUCAUCUUGACAUUUGUGUUGGCUGAAGUGGUGCCCAACCUUGGUGCUUUCAUCUCACUGGUUGGUGCUGUGUCCUCAUGUGCUCUCGCCCUGCUCUUCCCUGCCCUUAUCGACGUAGUUUAUCGCUGGGAGCACGGCAUCUCAUGGUUUGACAUAAUCAAGAACACAUUCAUCUUCUUGGUUGGUCUUGCUGCCUUUGCUACUGGGACCUAUGCCUCCCUCAUGUCGCUGAUUGAAUCCUUCGAGCAUGGAGGUUUGAAGGAAGUUGAAGUGUGAUUGGUAGUGAUAAUGGGAGAGUCCAGGUGAUGUCACCUUCUCCCACUGGUGCCAGGGACAAACAAGGACCUUUUCUGCCUUCUGCUGCACUUGUUGAUGGUAAUACUACCCCAAUUCUUGAUCCAGUGGUCUGUCUGUGUGGGGUUUUCUACAUAGAAUGUCAGGUCACUGGCUGUAAUUACCAUGCGCUUGCAGCAGUAACCUCAGAUACAACAUCGACAACAACCACUGCCACAGUGCAGAAGGGACACUGGAAUUUCUGAGAAGAAUGGCCAUUAGGCAGAGAUUGAUUUGCCCUUCGAGGAUACAAAUGUACUGCAGCUGUUCAUGUGGAGGUGAUAUGAAGAUCAGUGGGGACAUCCAAGACGGAGCUGCGUGGAGUGAAAGAAGCACCAUGAGAUUCUUUUACAUUAUUUCAAGACUAGUCUGUGCAGUAUUCUGAUUUUAGCUUUUUCAUAGCAGUGAGUUUAUUCAUAUGCUAUGAUAGUCACUUUUGCGCAGUAUUAGCUCUGCUGUGAUGUUUACCUAAAGAUAAAUGUGUUUCUUAACCGGUGCCAUAGGUGAGGUUGAAAAGAAAAAAGAUAGCCCGAAGAAAAUACAUGCAUAAAAAGUGAGUGUGAUGUUAUGUAAGUUAGGCAUCAGAUACAGCUUUUUUUGUAACUGAUGGAAUGUGAUAAGUACCUGUUAGAUAAUAAAUUGAAAUUGCUUCUGUAUAUUUUUACAUGGACAGUUUUGGUGCGACAAAGAAGAUCUCAUACGAUGAAUCUGUUGUCAAUACUGACUUGUAUUUGUCAUAUUGUGCACCACACAGUAUUCUCAUCUCCAAGGGAGUAUUUUUGGAUAGUUAUUGGACAUCCAGGAAAGUGAAUGAACUGAUAAAUAAAAAGUGUUUAUUUGUACUGACUUUGCAUUAUUCAUAUGUAGGACCAGAUCUUAAAACUGCAUUUACGCACAAUUCUCAACGUCAUAAUUUUCUAUUCCAUGGUACAUUUGCAUACUUCUCUCAGCAUUGAUAUUUUUGUGAUAAUAUUUAUGUGGAUUAAAAAUAUUUGUUUUUGCAACACACACUACAAAUCUCCAAAUUUUCAUGUGUUAGUCACUAAGAAAUAUUUUUAUACAAAAUUGUUGAGAUGUGUUAUUAAAUAAUGAUUCUAGAGGUAAGUCACUGCUUGUACACAAAUGUCAACAGUAAAAUGAUUAUUAAAUAUAUUUUUUAGGUUUGCA